AAUAAAACACAGCUAUAACUGUCCCUUGCAGUCCUGCAGAUAAUAUAGAGCUCGUUUGGCUGUCAUCCACUACAACAUGUCUUCUCAUACAGGCCUUCUGCUUAUCAUCACUGUCUGGGCUUCCAUGGAAGGUUGGGGUUUCCCAUUGACGAAUGAGGAGAAUCUGGAGGCCAGUGAUCCGGUGGGCCCUGUGCACAGAGUGAGGACCAAGCGCUGUGCCUGUAGCAACCGACUGGACACUGAGUGUCAUUACUUCUGCCAUCUAGACAUCAUAUGGAUCAAUACACCAAGCAAGACAACAGUUUAUGGCUUGGGCAGCCCUCUAUCACGACGCCGCAGAUCCACCGGCCGCUGUGCCUGCGCCAACCCUGACGAUGACACCUGUACCAGCUUUUGCCGCCAAAGCCUUGAGAUCGCUUCUCCAAAGAGCACCAUGAGGAGACCUCGGAUCAAGCUGUUCGAUAUCCUCAGGGCUUUGAGCAGCCUAAACCCGGCUAGUUCAGGGAGAGAGGAGGGCCCUGUGGCCCGGGGGAAGGAUGCACGCUAAACCGUGCAGCUCUCCAGGCCCGGAGAGCGAGAGGAGCGCGAGCACCUGAACAAAGGACACUCUUUUUGACAGAGAGGAGGAAAAACAAAGAGCCGCUAAAAGACGUGUCCCAUACAGGAAGGCCACAGCGUCGCAAGGCUGUCUGUAGGCACCCUGGAAUAGAUGGGUGGAAAACAUGACAGAGUUCUGCAGACAGGUCUGGAAACCAGAUGUUGAGGAUUAGCUUUGAGAAGGCCGACUAUCACAUUUGGAGACUGGUAUGGCCGUGGUUUUUUGUUGACUCUGGCCCUUUGGUCUGCAGCAGUUGGCAUGAUAGUGUGUGUGUGUAUGUGUGCAUUGUCACUACACACUUCCUUAUCUGACUGAUUAUCAUCUACAAGAAGAAUGUAGCAGGGGAAAUAAUGUACACAACUAGAAGUUUUGGCAGGAUGUCUGAUGUAAUUGUUGUGUUCCAAUUAUUCUUUUGCAAAACUUGAGAUGUUCUUUCUUUUGUGCGAUAGUUCGACUGCUAUGGAUAAUACAGUUUUACAACUUGAGAUGACAAAGUCAUUGGAGAUCUACUGUACUUUUGAUUUUUUUGGGAUUAUGAUGCUUGUAAAUCAUUUACAAUAGAAAAAUUCAUCCAAUAGACUUAACAUCAAUGAUUGACGGAUUUUGAUUAGAGCGCUUCUGCACUGGGUGUUAGUAUGUAAAAAGUGGUGUCAUAAAAUGGGAUAAAUAAACUGAACUUCAAAU